AGAAGGUAGAAUGGCUGAGCAAGGCAUUAGACUGUAAAUCUAAAGACAGAGGCUAAACCUCUUUUUACCAGCCCUGAGUCAGGAUGUAAACUAUCAGUAAAAUACAAGAUAUGAACGAGGCAUGGUGGCUUAUGCCUCUAAUCCCAGUACCUGGAGAGGCUGAGGUGAGAGGAUUGCUUGAGCCUAGCAGUUUGAGACCAGCCUGGUCUGUACUUUAAAACAAGUGUGGAAGUGGAGCACUCUACAUAUCCUAAGUGCCAAAAAUAUUCUCUUCAUGAAAUUCGCCAGAUCUGCAAAACACAGCUCCUUUUGAAGAGAAGAGCCAGGGAACUCCAUUAGCAGGCUUUGAUGGCAUUAAUAAUUCAGAGAGGUGCCCUGUAUCUUCUUUGAGAUAGACAGAAGGGUCCCUUUUAAUGUACAACCAGGCAGUAGAGAGGAGAGGACACGGGUUGGAGAGAAGAGGAGGUUGCAAGCCAGCACCUGGCCCACACCAGGGGAUGGAAGCUAAUGUGAAAAGCUGCCGCACUACAGCUGCUGCCUUUUGAAAAAUGCAAACUGUGUUUUGUGCAAACAUAUCAUGCACUUGCAGUAUGAAAACGCCGGUGUCUCUGUGCGGAAACUCUGAGAGGAGCAGAGGUCUGUAGAGGUAGAGACGCAGGCUUCGGAUUUUUCAGAAUUCUGCUGGAAGUCUCCAAGUCAAGGUGAUCUACAAAGAAAUACUGAGUGGAGACUAUACUGAGAUUCUAUUAAAGACCCACUUGAAUUCAGCCCCCAUUAGGAGAAACUUUGGCCAGAGCAGCCAACACAUCACCUGGAAGUCUUCAGACUAGACUAUUGAAGAGUGGAUUGUGUACUGAGGGCUCCCAAGUGCUUCCAGAAGUCAAUAAAGGAUCAUUUCAGUUUACUUCAAGGCUGAGGAGUAACCCUUAGGAGCCAUGGCCCAAUACCUGCAAGCAGAGUUGUCCUGUCCAGUUUGCCUGAAUUUUUUCUCCUGUCCCAUUUCUCUCUCUUGUAAACACGUUUUCUGUUUUAAUUGCAUCCAGAAUUGGAUGCUAGAAAACCAUGAUUUUCGCUUGAUGUGCCCCUUGUGUCGAGAGGUGGUGAAGGCACCUCCUUUUGAGGAAUGGCACGUGAGAGCCCUAGCACUCAUCACCAAGCUCCACGGUAACCAAUUUGAGGAAAGUGUGGACAUGAGGGAGGAGCUCCGGCAUUUUCGGGAGGAUGUGACCUUGGAUGCAGCCACUGCCAGCUCCCUCCUUGUCUUCUCCAGUGAUCUAAGAAGCGCUCAGUGUGGGAAGAUCCACCACGACCUGACAAAAGAUCCCAGGCUGACCUGUGUCCUGGGUACUCCCCGCUUCUCCUCCGGCCAACAUUACUGGGAGGUUGAAGUGGGAGAGGUGAAGUCAUGGUCCCUGGGCGUCUGCAAGGAGUCGGCUGACAGAAAGAGCAGUGAUUUAUCCCCUGAGCAUGGCUUCUGGAUCAUUAGCAUGAAGGCAGGAGCAAUCCAUGCUAACACCGAUCUGGAGAGAAUUCCUGCAAGCCCUGGCCUUCGCCGUGUGGGAAUUUUCCUGGAUGUUGACUUAGAAAAAAUCCAGUUUUUUGAUGUUGACAAUAAUGUCCUCAUCUAUACACAUGACGGUUUCUUCUCUUUGGAGCCUUUGCGUCCAUUCUUCUGUCUUGAGCUCUUGGGAGAAGGGGAGAGUGGCAACGUCCUGACCAUCUGCCCAUGAGAAAAUCAACCCUUCCUAGACGCUUUCUAAGAGGUGAAAGAGAAUUUUGGCCUGAGAAAGGUCAACAUGAUUGAGGAAGAGAUAAUGUGCUAUAGUGCAAAGACUUGGUAAAUUUUUAAAGUAGAUUUUGUAGCCUUUGUAGCAAAACAAUUUUUGGAUUUUUGGGGUAAAUUUUGUAGAAUUUGUAGCUAGGUAACUGGGGUCUUUAGGGAUGUCAUUAAGUACUCUAAGCCUCAGUUUUCUAGUCUGUAGGUGUGGAUAAUUGUAUCUCAAACAGCUGUGGUAAUUAGAGACAAUACUGUGCCUUUGUCUUAUAGUAAAUAACAAUAGAGCAAUAUUAGAUUGUAAGUAAGCUAGAUAUUAGGUUUUGUGGAUAGACAAUAUCUUUUUCAUUAUUUCAAGCUAUUUUGUGUAAUUCCAGAUAAUGUCUGAGGAGGAAGAAAAAUUAAACAGCCAGUGUGAGUUAUUUUGUUGAUAUGGCAUGAAAUUUCAGAGAGACAAAUUGGUAUUGGGGAAGAACUAAGUUUUUCAUUUUUAUUUUGUUUGAAACACAGCCACAUGAGGUUUCUUGAAAGACAAAGGACUUUGACCAAAAUGUAUUGUUAAUGGUGAUUCAUAUUCUUAUGGGAAGUAUCAUUUGCCCAUCUCAAUAAUUGGACUAUUGUGAUUUACAAGAAUUCUUAUCAACCAUGUUAAGUAACACAUAUUCAUCAAAAAUUGUUUUCAAGGUUGCUUUUGGAUUUAUUUCUUAUUUGUAGAAGUUAUAUUUUCUUGCAAAUAAAUUUAUAAAGCAUUGG